AAGGCAAAGUGGCCCAACAGAAUCUCAAAUCUCAAAUCUGAAAACAAUUGUGUUUUACUUUGUCCUAAUUAACUCCACUUAAUUAAGAUUAACAUUUUGAUUCUUCAAUUUGCUUCCCUGGAAUCAAUUAAGGUCAGAUCAGAAAUUACAAUGAUGGAGAAAGCAGAUUCUUCGCAGAAGUUGUACUCUCGGAUGAGAUUAUGGGAGUUUCCGAAUGAGUAUGUGAUUGAGCCAACUGACGGCUCUUCUGCUGCUUCUUUGUCCAUUAAUCGCCAUGAUGCCUCUUUGAAUCUCAUCGAUGAGCUUCCAGAUUGCUCUUCUGUUAGGGCACCAAAGAUUCAGACUAUUUUCGGUCUAGUUGGCUUGCUGAAGCUCUUGGCUGGGUCAUAUUUAAUUGUCAUAACUGAGCGUGAAUGUGUUGGAUCUUACUUGGGUCAUCCCAUUUUCAAGAUUUUAUCUUUGGAAGUUUUUCCUUGUGACCAUUCUCUGAAGAACUCCAAUGCACAACAGAAAAAGAUGGAAUCUGAGUUUUCUGCGCUGCUAAACAUCGCAGAAAGGACUUCUGGUUUAUUUUUCUCAUAUGACACUAAUUUAACCCUCAGUUUACAAAAAUUGCAUGAUUUGGGUGAUGAAUCUAAGCUGCUCCCUCUUUGGAGACAGGCAGAACCUAGAUUUCUCUGGAACAAUUACAUGUUAGAAGUACUCAUAGAUAACAAGCUUGACCCCUUCUUACUUCCUGUUAUCCAAGGGACCUUUCAGCACUUUCAAGCAGCAAUAGGGAAAAAUGUUAUUGAUGUUACCCUAAUUGCUAGGAGAUGCACAAGGAGAAAUGGAACUCGUAUGUGGAGAAGAGGAGUUGAUCCUGACGGGUAUGUUGCAAAUUUUGUGGAAACUGAGCAAAUUAUGCAGUUGAAUGGCUUUACAGCAUCAUUUGUGCAGGUUCGUGGUUCAAUUCCAUUGUUGUGGGAGCAAAUUGUUGAUUUGACAUAUAAGCCUAAGUUUGAGCUUGUGAAACCAGAGGAAGCUCCCAAAGUAGUAGAGCGACAUUUUUUGGAUUUAAGAAAGAAAUAUGGGGCUGUUUUAGCAGUUAAUCUUGUCAACAAGCAUGGAGGUGAGGGACGCUUGUGUGAAAAAUUUGCAAGCGCUGUGCAACAUGUCAUUAGUGAUGAUGUAAGAUAUUUGCACUUUGAUUUUCAUCGCAUUUGUGGGCAUGUUCAUUUCGAGCGCCUCUCCAUCCUUUAUGAGCAAAUUGCAGAUUUUCUCGAUAGAAAUGGGUAUUUCUUAUUGAAUGAAAAGGCUGAGAAAAUGAAGGAACAGCUUGGAGUUGUAAGGACCAAUUGUAUUGAUUGCUUAGACCGUACAAAUGUAACUCAGAGCAUGAUAGGUCGAAAGAUGUUGGAAAGCCAACUUAGAAGGCUUGGUGUUUUUGGCGCUGAAGAGACUAUUAGCUCACAUCCAAACUUUGAUGAAAAGUUUAAAAUAUUGUGGGCUAAUCAUGGGGAUGACAUAAGCAUUCAAUACUCUGGUACUCCUGCCUUGAAAGGAGAUUUUGUCAGAUGCGGCCAGCGGACAGUCAAUGGGAUCCUCAAGGAUGGAUGGAAUUCCCUUGUACGUUACUAUUUAAAUAACUUCCGUGAUGGAUCAAAACAGGAUGCAAUUGAUCUCCUCCAAGGACAUUACAUUGUUUCGGUGAGCAGAGAAAUGAGCCCCCCAUCGCAAAAGGGAGGCCUUGAGGCUGUAGCUUCAUUUCCGCUCGCUUUAUUCUUUGUUCUAAUGGGAUUCUUCUUUGCUACAAUGUCACUUAGGCAAGUUCGGAAUGACUUUCGGCAUUUAUUCUUUUCAAUAUUGUGGGCAAGCCUAAGUGUGGCCUUAGCAGCAUUUGUGAGAGCCAAUGGACGGGUUUUCUGCAACCGGCCUCGUCUUUACAAGCCUCGGUCUUAGAUCUGGGUCACCAAGUUCUGAAGGAAUCACUUUUCCUGUUCACUUUCCCGCUCUUGUUGCUCGUUUAUCUCCGUUCUUUCAAGUUGCAUUCUCGAUAUAUUUGCUUUAUAUAGCACACGGUAUAAACAGUAGUUGGUUUGGCAGACCGCCCUUCUGUUGGUGUUGUCAUUCCUUUUGUAUAAAUUGAUUGAUUGAUUGAUUGAUUUAUUUAUUUCUG